GGCGGUAAUGUACAAAACGGUUGUAUCUACUUCUUGACAUCUUUUGAUGGCAAAUUGUUUCCUUCUACUUGUUGAACAUUGAGUGUCUUGUGAAAUAACUGACAAAGAUUUUGGUUUCUUUAGUGACUAGUCGAAGUGUUCGUCCAAUUUAAAUAUAAUAAUAAUAAUAUGGAUCAAGAUUAUCUGUGUUUUAUGAUGAAGCCAGUGAAUUAUCUAUGCAGACUGCUUGGUAUUGCUUCUUACUCCAUCAGUGAUAUAAAAAAUUACGACCAUAAAACAGGAAAUAAGUUUUGGAAACUACUUUGGCCAUAUUUGCUUGCCAUAGUGUUAAUGUGUUGUUAUGUUUAUAGAAUAUUAUUCACGUUUCAAGUAGAAUCACAAGUUGUCCACCACAAUUUGUUAGUUACCGAUUUUCUCAACACAUCAAUAGAAUACAUUGGAUGUGUCAUACUUAUAAUUAUCCGCUCAAUCAAUCACCAGCGGAACAUUUCACUUAUUUUGAAGAAAUUUACUUUGUUAAAUGAACGUUUUUUCAAAUAUCGUAAUGAAUUCAUUGCCCAAAACGUGAUUUCUCCUGUAAUUCAGGUGACUUUGUCGUUGCUUUUAAUUUUCUUCUUUAUCUUGAGCUGUGUUAAUGUCUUCGUGUGGAGUACUCAUUGGUUACCAUGGCUCAUCAUUUGUGAAGAAUGGUGCGCAUUUACUAUAUUUGUUAUUAAUGUGAAGUUCGUUCUUUUGGUACAGUGUUACAGGUACAGACACAAAGAACUGAACUGUCAGAUAGCGAUGCUCAACGACUUAACGGGUCCCACAGUAAGGACCGUUGUGCUUCAAGAUGUGAGAGAGACGCUAAUUUUAGAGUACAGUUCUAAUUGUCGAGUGUCGUAUCAGCCAUCGGAGGCCGUUGUUAGGAGCACAGAUACAUCCCGUAAGACUCUGUUUCUAAACCGCGUAAAAGCAUUAAGGGAAGAUCACUUAGACUUGUUCGAAUUGUCGCAGCUUCUUAAUUCCAAGUACGGUUUCCAAAUUCUUAUUUGUUUUUCGCUUAUCUUUUUUCAACAUAUAUUAAAUUACAAUUUCGUGAUUGACCUCAUGUUGAAGUUGCUGAGUGGGAAGGAUGGAAUCGCCACCGAUGUCCAGGAGUAUGCUUCGCUGUGUAUGGCGAUUUUAUCAUCUGUCGCCUUAAUUUUUCUGACUGUGUCCUGUCACAUGGCGAGUGUAGAGGCCAACAGCUCACAACUGCUUGUCCACAAGUUGCUUCUCAGCAAGGAUUUAAGUAGUGACGUCACAGUCCAGUUGCAACUUUUUUCCAGCCAGGUGUCCAACUUAAAAGUGAAGUUCAAAAUUUGUGGCCUCUUCACCAUUAACGCGUCCUUACUGUCCACUAUAGCGGGAGUAAUCUGUACAUACUUGAUUAUCUUGUAUCAGUUCAAAUGACUUUGGCUUAUCUUCUUUUGAGGAGAGUGCAAGUGUUUCAAACAAAUUUCUCAGGAUGAUAUUUCGACCCAAGCGGGGUGAAGAAACCAGGAACACUAAGAAAGGUUCACUGCAUUUCGAGGAAACUGAUACACGCAUCUUUAGAUUUAUGAACGCAAUCCGUUCGCUAGGUAAAAUUUGGUAUUGUAAAUCUGAAAUGUAAUUCCAUUAUUUCAAUGUUAAAAAUUCUGGAUGGUAACCGACUCCCAGAAAAAUCACCCCAUAUUUUUCCACUGUAUGUUACAACACAACGAACCUGAAGAUUAAAAUAUACGAAACAAUAAUUUUGCCUGUUGUUUUGUAUUUGUGCGAAACAAGGUCUCUCACCCUGAGGGAGGAUCAGGGAUUGCAACUGUUUGAGAAUAAUUUUGAGGAGGAUAUUUGUGCCUAGGAGAGAAGAGGAUGGAGUAUGGAGAAAAAUGUAUAAUGAUGAACUUAUAAAUGUGUACUUCACCACCAAUAUUGCCUGAGUGAGAUGGGCAGGGCAUGUGGCUUGCAUGGAUGGAAGAUGUGUGCACCGGGUACUGGUCGGGAAGCCUGAGGGGAGGAGAUCAUUGAGAAGACCUAACCAUAGAUGGGAGUAUAAAAUCAGAUGGGUUCUAUGGGAGAUAGAUGUUGAAGGCGACUGGAUUUUGUUGGCCCAGGACAGGAUCCCGUGGAG